GGCUACUGACCCUCCCGUGAAACAGCAUAUAACUAGCCCCAUCUGAUCUCUGACCUCUUUCUUUCUCCAGCAAACCCGCUUCACACCUCAAUGAUCAACACUUCCGCUGCCUACAGCACCGCCUACCCUAUCCAACACAUGGCUACCACCUCUGCCUCCGCCGCCUUCUACCAGAAUGUCCUCGACCGCCCGCAGCGCUACGACCCCAUCGGAGGAGGCCAAGUCCGUCUCCUUUGAGCACGCGGCCCCCCAGACCCUGGCAAAGGUCAACAACAACGCUGUUACCCUCGUUGACCCGGUCCACAAGCCGGCGUCCUAUGGCACGUUUACGUCCCGCCUGCGCCGCGCCUUUGGGCGCAAGGACAAGGCCCGCAGCCUCAGCGACACGGUCGAGGCUGCCAUCUCGGCCCGCCUUGGCGGCCUCGCCACCCAGUCGCCUGAUGCCGUUCUCGCCGCCCUCGAGAGCGACUGGGGCGGACUGAGCGCGACCGCCGUCGACGCCAAGUUCAAGACAUUCGGCCCCAACGCCCUCGAGCCGGACAACAAGCUCAAGGUGCCCCACCUGCUCUUCACCGCCCUCGUCAACCCGUUCUCCGUCGUCCUCGUCUGCCUCGCCAUCAUCGCCAUCGCCACCGGCGACCACGCAACCUUCACCGUCAUCAUGGUCAUGGUCGUCGUUUCGGCAUCGCUGCGCUUCUGGCAGGACCUCAAGUCGGUAGUCAAGGCCAAGCGACUCGCACAGGGCGUCAAGACCAUGGUCCAUGUCCGCCGCAAGAACUUUGACAUGAGCACCGAGACGGUUGUCGAGUCUGCCGAGCUCGUCCCCGGCGACGUGCUCGAGCUCCGCUCGGGUGACCUCAUCCCUGCCGACUGCAUCCUCCUCAAGGCGAGCAGCCUGAGCGUGUCUCAGAGCAUGCUCACUGGCGAGGCUCUGCCUGUUGACAAGACCCCCUACGCCCCCGACGAUGUCGAGGUGGCCAAGGAGACCGACUCGACCGGCGACAUGUGGGCUGCCAACGUUCUGCUGUCUGGCACGAGCGUGGCCUUUGGCCAGGGCCUCGCCGUCGUCGUCACCACCGGCACCAAGACGUACUUUGCCUCGAUGGGCGACGCGCUCACCGGCCCCCGCAAGUCGAACGCCUUUGAGCGCACCGUCCGCCGCGUGUCUUACCUGCUCCUUGCGGUCACCAUCCUCAUGGCGCCGAUUGUGCUCGUGAUCCAGGGUACGAUCAACAAGUCCUCGGGCUGGAAGAACGCGCUGCUCUUCGCGCUCUCCGUUGCCGUCGGUCUUACCCCCGAGAUGCUCCCCGUUGUCGUCAACGCCAACCUUGCCCGCGGCGCCAUCCUCCUUGCGCGCAAGAAUGUCCUCGUCAAGCGCCUCGACGGUGUCCAGAACCUCGGCGGCAUCACCACGUUCUGCACGGACAAGACGGGCACCCUCACGAUUGACAAGGUCGAGGUCCACUCGAGCCUCACGAUGCAGAACAAGGAAUCGAUCCGUCCUCUCCACCUCACUGUUGUCAACUCAACCCUCCAGACCGGCGCCCGCUCCCUUCUCGACACGGCUGUCAUCAACGCCAACGACGGCACCCACGGCCCUGAGAUUGACAUGAACGACCUGUUUGUGGAGAAGGUCCACGAGAUCCCCUUCGACUCGGCCCGCCGCAUGCUCUCUGUGGUCGUCAAGGACAAGCGUGCCCAGCACACGGUCAUCACCAAGGGUGCCGUCGACGAGGUCCUCUCGCGCUGCAAGUCGUUCACCACCUCUGACACUGGCUCGCUCUUCGAGACCACCUCGGCCCAGCCCCUGAGCACGGCACACAAGGCGAUCGCCAAGGCCACUGCUCUUUCGCUCAACACCCAGGGUCUCCGCCUCGUCGCCGUUGCCAUCCGCUCGCUCGGACAGAUGGGCGAGUUCACUGAGGAGGACCGCCACUCGGACUGGGUCGAGCAGGACCUCACGCUUGUCGGCUUUGUCGCCUUCCUCGACCCGCCCAAGGAGGACGCCAAGCAGGCCAUUGUCGACCUCCGUGCCCUCGGCAUCCGCAUCAAGAUCCUCACUGGCGACGCUCCCGAGAUUGCCCGCAAGGUCGCCGUCCAGGUCGGCCUUCUCACCGACGAGGAGGCCGCCCAGCCCGAGACCGUCAUCACUGGCGAGGGCCUCUCGGUGCUCGUCGGCGAGCUCACCGUCGAGGACGUCACCGCUGCAGUCAAGAACGCUACCGUCCUUGCCAAGCUUUCUCCCUUCCAGAAGCGCCAGGUCGUCGAGCUCCUCCAGGCCGACGGUGAGGCUGUCGGCAUGAUGGGCGACGGUGUCAAUGACGCACUCGCCCUCCAGGCUGCCGACGUCGGUAUCUCGGUCGACACGGGCACCGAGGUCGCCAAGUCUGCGUCCGAGAUUAUCCUCCUCGAGAAGUCGCUCGCCGCCGUCGUCGAGGGUGUCCUGCUUGGCCGCAAGUCGAUGGUCAACACGAUCAAGUACUUCAAGAUGACUCUUUCUUCCAACUUCGGCAACGUCUUCUCGGUGAUGGCGGCGUCCUUCUGGCUGCCGUACCAGCCCAUGCAGCCGCUGCAGCUGCUGAUCCAGAACAUCCUGUACGACCUGUCGCAGUCGGCCAUCCCCUUUGACAAUGUCGACGAGGACAUGCUCGCCGUCCCGGUGCAGUGGUCGCUCAUGAGCAUCCUCCGCUUCAUGCUCGUCUUUGGCCCCACCUCGUCCAUCUUCGACAUUGCCACCUUCUCGCUCAACUGGUUCUACUACGGCAUCCGUGGCGAGAACGACGCCGGUGUCGCCAUUGCCCAGACACACUGGUUCCUCGAGGGCUCCAUGACCCAGACUCUUGUCGUCUACAUCUUGCGUACCGACAAGAUUCCCUUCAUCCAGUCUCGCCCCUCUAUCAUCUUUGCCUGCGUCGUGGCGACCAUGCUCAUUGUGGCCCAGGUGCUGCCAUGGAUCCCUGGACUCAACACUGCCUUCCAGUUUGUGCACCCAAAGGCGCUCAUCUACCCCUUCCUCGUCGGUGUCGCUGUCACCUACUGCGCAUUGGUCCAGCUCAUGAAGGUGUUCUACACGCGCAUCUUCCACGAGUGGUUCUAGGUGACGGCUGUCGUAUCCCUCUUCUUCUCCCUGCCCCCCCGUUGAUAACUUUUGCUCUUUCCUAGUCUUUAUGCAUUCCAAAUACACGUG